GAAAAAUGCGUGUCACAUUUAAAAGUGUCCGUACCGUCGUUCUUUGUAGUUCUCACAUAGGAGUAAAGUACGGGAAGUAGCAUUUUAAAAACUUGAUAUCCCACAAUGCACUUCUCGAACGUGUUUAGUAUCCGGUAUUCGUUGUUAUUUAUUUAACCAGCGGAAAUGGGUGAAUGGUGCAAUAUGUUGCCGCAGGAAUGGUUUAAAUUUGUGAACCAGGAGGUAAAAGUGACCGCGCAGGAUCAACAGCAGUAUGAAGGCUUUGUGUUCACUGUGGAUCCGGUUUCUUCCAGCCUCGUCCUUGUGACCUUCGAGGAGAAAAGAAGCGCCUCCGUGAGGGUCGUCUUGGGUCACGCGGUGAGAGACGUGCAGCUUCUCAGGGCAGGAGAUGAAGAGACAGAGAGGAAGAUGAGGUCUCUCUUUGUACCUGCUGCCAGUCAGGACUUCAGCACAGAGGAGCUCGAGGAACGCAAGGAGGACCUGCGAGCAUGGCUGGAGAAGAACCUCGUUCCCGUUACGGACGAGGGCGACGUCCUGCGCGUGGCCAACGUGCUCACCGUCAGCGCGCCGUACGGACCCGAGCAGUGCAGCAGCAGCAACGAGAUCAUUCUGGCCCGAGUGCAGAGUCUCGUGGAAAGCAAGCCGGGACGAGAGAACCAGCAGUGAGCGUUCGGCUCGUCACAUCGUGUCCUCUCUGUGAGAGUUCAUGAAGUUCUCUUUCUAUUGAGGGAGAUUUAGAAUCCACUGGACUUUGAUUAAAGCACUUGUGGCACUGA